AGUCAUCGAAAUGAAGCUACGUAAACCAAUACAGUUAUACACAAAACGAAAGUGGGACGUUUUUGCCAUUGGCUGUGAUAUGACGGAGUUCAAUAGCUAAUGAAAGAUAAAAGGAAAGGAAAGAGCCAUGUCUGGUCAGAAGUGUACAGUAUGUGGAGAGAGUUCUGUAAUAAAAGAAGGAGGUGGAACUGUCUGCAUUAACUGUGGAACUCUUCAUUCAGAGCAGACGUUUUUAUCAGAAAACAGCUUUGGCUACCAGAACCCUGCUUUCUUAAACACAUUGCUUCCAGCGCAUGCAGGACAUCUCAAAAGCAAACAGGACCGACCUGCUGUAAGACAAUGCAAAGCUAAAAUGCGAAGCUUAUGUGCAAAGUUAACAUAUAGUUAUGCAAUGAUUGAAGCAGCAAAUAACUUGUUUGACCGAGCAUAUGCAUAUGGUGAAUUUAAACGAAUGCAUUCCUUCAACAAAAACAUGCUCAGUCACUGCUGUGUUUACAUCACCGGGCGUCAGUUCAAUUUCCCCGUCACCAUUAAAGAGUUCUGUGCUAUUACAAGACAGCCAGUGUCUGAUGUAGCUAAACUUUAUCAUAAAUUGAUUACUAAACUACAUAUUGACAUUCAAUAUCAGAGCAUAGCUUCUCUCAUCACUUACCACUUAUCAGAUCCAGUAUUCAACGGAGAAUGCUUUAGCAUGGUUAAGGAUAUCUUGAAAUUAUACGAACGAAAACGGACUUCGUGUAGCCCACACAGAGACGUCACCAUAGGACUAGCGGCUUUUCUGGCCUGGGGUUCAAUGAACUUCAUUGAAUACAGCAAGUGCUCCUUAAAACAAUUUGCCAAGAAGCAUAAGUUCAUAUUUACUUCAAUCUGGAGGGUUCGCUUAAAGGAACUCACAGAAAUUCUAACUCAAGUUGGGAGUCGCCUCCCUUGGAUCUCAAACAUAACGGGCAAACAUUUUGUCGUGAAUCAUUUGAAAGAUAUUCUUGAGUUUCAAAAUAGUCUACUGUUGAAAGAUGUGUUAGAAAAUGACAGCAGUGAAGAGGGGGAUGAGAAAAAUGAAAGUGAGAGCACAAAUGAGGAAGCUGAAUCGGAAAACGAUGCUCAGGAAUGUGAAGAUAAAGACCUAGAAGAUCAAUGUGAAUGUGAUGAAAAUCAAAGUGAUCGUGGAUGCAUGUACAUGUAUGAAGUCCCUGACAAUGACGAUACAUGUUCUGCAACUGACCAAAGUGAAAACGAAAAUUCCAACGGUAAAAACACACAGAAUCAGCCUGAAUCAAUUUGUGUCGAAAUUGAAUCUGCUAACCCAAAAAGACUUGACUACGCUGAUUUGGCAGGGAAAACCUUUGUGUAUCACAGUACAUUAAGAGUAAUCACAGCAGAUUUACCUUCAACAUGACAACAAUCUCACACUGACGGUGUUCAUUGUGUUCAACGGCUUUAGAAAAUGGAUACCCCAUUUAACAAGACACAUGGUUUAGAUAUAUUUGUAUGUGACACUCAAUAAUAUGCACAGCUGUAAAUCACUUAAAGUGUUUAAUAUUUUUAUUUAUCAUAUGAAUACCGUGUUAUGCAGUGUCAUAAAGCCAUCACAU